AGGAAAAGAAAUUGUAUGGGCCAUCUACGACUCCAUUCAGUCAGAACCAACCCGCGCACCCAUAGUCUUUCUCGCAGCGCCGCCGCUCCAUCUUCUGCUCCUUCCCCUACUCGCCGUCAGCGGCGCUCAGGCUCGGGCGCUCAGCGACGGAGGGGCAGUCCCAGGCUCGGCGGCGGCGUCAGCGGCUCCCCCUCCCGCCUCUCGUCCUUCGCCUCGCGCCCUCGCCUCCGUCCUCCGCGCACCGGCCGGCGACCCUGCGAACUCUCCACCCUGGCUGCUGGCGGGACGCCAUGGAAGGGGCGGCUGCGCUCUCACCACACGACCCCUCAAAGUUUUCAAAUGCAGAGGCUCCCUUCCCAGACCAAUUACAUGGGGGAGGAAGAGGAUCUCCAAACAUUGAAGAAGCAGGCUUCCCUCAAGAAGACUGUGAGAGGUUGCCACCCUAGAGCUGUACGGCAGUUGCUGCAGCUCGAUAGAAGAGAUUCUGAGCAUCCAAUCGUGAUAGACAAUGAAGUAAACGAGGAAUAUAAGGUCAGCGCUGAUCAAUCAGCAAUUAUGGUUCUCCGCAGAUCCCCACGGUUUCAUGUGGAAGAUAAGAGUUUGGGCAAGCCGCUGUUGCCACCAAAUCACCCGGAGACGCCUCCUAACAAAAAGAGUAAAAGUGCUCAUUUGAAAGACAAAAAUCAAAAGAGUCUGAAAAGUGAUAGUAGAAAUGCUCGAUUGGAGCCUUUGGCAACAAUGAAAAGGCAGAAUGAGCCCCAGUUACUUUGUCAAGAUCCCCGAGGCAUCACCAGCAGGAAAAAUAUUGAAGAUGUAUCUAACAAAAAGAGUGAGAAGAAAGAGUUUAUGCCCACUAAUUGUAAAGUGUUGAUAGGAAAGAGGAAGAGAGGCAGAAAAAGGGCGUUGUCAUCGAAGAAGCAAAGUUGCCAAGAGCCAAAACCAUUGCCUACAAAUCGCCAAGAAAUUGCACCUUGUGAUGAACCCAGAAAAUCUAUCCACAGAAGGAUUGAAAAUGAACCGUCUAUUGUGGUGAUGCCUAAAAGUGGUGAUGAGGAAUUGACAAACAUUGAUGAAAACAUCAGCAAACCAAGUGGGACUGAAAGAGGAGUGGGAAAAUUUUGUAGCUCUGAUGAUUGGACAAAAGAGCAGGACAUGGCAUUGCGCAAAGCUUACUUCACUGCUCGACCAUCCCCACAUUUCUGGAAGAGAGUUUCAAAAAUGGUGCCAGGGAGAUCUGCUGAAGACUGCUUCAACAGAAUUCAUGCUGACCUCACGACACCAACUCCAAUAGCCCCACGUCCCAGAACAAGUAAAACAACAUUUUCUCCUAUAGGAAAUUUCACAUUGUCUGAUCCAAAACUUCCAAAUCUCUUGGAAUCUAGAGUUGCAAGGCAAAGGACCGCUAAACAAAAGGGUCUUACAGCACAGAAGACAGUGAGGCAUUUGUUGCAGAAGCAUUGUGUCAUUGACCAAGCUCAAGAGGCUGAUCACUUCUCAGUUUUUGAAAGCUCACCAAGUGCCUUACAAUUGAACUUAUCUUUUGAAGAUUCUCAUGGGACUCCUGACAGUUAUACGAAUUCAGGUUCUCUAGGCAAAUGCAGUGGAAGCUCUUCAGCACGAAAGAAACCAAUUUCAAGGUUAAGAACUAAGCCAUCUGAACCGAGCCCAGAAGUUCUAAAGCCUAUAAAGAAUGUUAUCUUACAUGAGAAGUACAUUGAUCAAUUGUCACGUAGAGAAUAUACAAAAAGGCCUCGCAAAAGCACUCAAGGCUCUAAAGCUGCUGAUUCUGAGAAGGCUCUUUCUGAGCAGAAAGCUGGUAGUCUGAAGGCUGCUAAAAAUGCUCUUAUCUCAGAAGCAACUGACUUUAUAAGCAGUUUUAAGAAGGUGCAAGCCUGUUCCCUUGCGCAUGUUGUGGAAAAUAGCGAAGAUGAUGAGAUUGAAUGUGAUGCCAGUGAUUACAGCCAUGAUGAUAAAGAAUAAGGAGGUGCUUAUGGUGUUAAUUCCCAGCAGCUCUUAGCAAUUAUUACCUUUUUUGUUAAUGGGCGUUAGUCAUCACUCAUCAGUGCCUGGUGCUUCAAUAGGUAGUUACUAGUAUGGGUGGUAUGGAGGUGUAUUCUGCCUAAUAUGUGUCUUGUUCCUAGUGCCCUCGGAACUGUAAGUGAAUUGAGAAAGUGUUGCCUUCAUCAUGCCUUAUGAUGAUUGAAACCAAUUGAAAUUGCAACGGUCGAACCUGUUUCUCUUGUGUUUGCAUAAAUUAGAAAGCUUCAUUAAAUAUAGUUUGUUCAUUUCUUUUUCUAAAA